AAAACACGUCUCUUACACACGAGAGACACUGUUGAGUCUCUCUAUACUAUUUUCAGUAUAGAGUCGGGGUACACUCAACAAAGAAAAAUCCCGAACAAGAACAAAGAAUGGAAGAUAUUAUGAGCACGAUUCGCAUAUUGUUGCCCUUGCGUAAGCAGAUUACCGGAUAUUUUGACAAACCGAGCCUUUCUCUUAAUCGAGAUUCUACUAAUGAGUUCUUAAGCACCUUUCUAAAAACUUACAUCGAGGAUAUUCAUGAUUUCCAUUUCAUCGAUGAAGAUCCUAUAGAUCGGGGAGAAUCCUCUUUAUCAUUAGACAAUAAGAAUACAACUUAUUACGAGGCUGAUGCAAGUGAUGAAGAAAUGGAUAUAACAGAUGGGAUAGAGGGAAUCAUAGGGGGUACUAAUCGAGGCCACAACGGUGGUGGCGACGGUGAAGCUCUAUUCAUUCAAAUAAGCAGGUUACUUAUGAAAUAUAUAAAGUAUUAUAUACUCAACAUAACACAUACCUAUGAUGCCAUGCCUUGGUGGGUAAGCGGGAUACCAUGGUGGAUGGCUGAGAGUAUCCUCACACUCUUAUCGUUAGUAUGUAUACAUUCUAUACUUCAAUUUAAUCCUCUUAUCUAUAAGGGCAAUCGAUGUGAUAUUAUUUAUAAGGUGCCGGAUAUUACAUUAAUAGGAAUAACCAACCAUAUAACAAAGGAACCAAUUAAACAGCUACAAUGGCUCUAUUCUCUGACACCUGAUAACUAUCCUACUAAAUGGAUCUAUAGACUAAGAAAUCUCUUUAGUUAUGAUGAGAAUAUUCCAUAUAGGAUAGGAUUUCUAAGAAUAAAGUGUUCUUUAGGCUUACGGAGUAUAAAAGGCUUAGUAUUAAGUGAUUCUGUAUUAUAUCAAUAUGCCCAUUUGGGAGCUGGCCUCAAAUCUCUCAUUCCGCAAUCUAGAGUAGCCAUUUUCAUGCAAGUUGCAACUCGUCAUUUUGAUGAAAGGCAUCGUAAGUAUCUCUACGGUUUCUUUAAUAUACUUGUGUAUUCUGGCGUAGGAUUAGUUGUUUGGUACUAUAUCACACCACACCUUAUACCUGAUUUAGGAUUCUUCCGCGGGGUAAACCUAGAUUCUUUUAAGGACCCAGCUUCGGUUGUUGAUGGGUACAAGAGGGUUUCGUACAUAUUUACAAAAGACGUCGUUAAGACUGUGUUAAGAACUUGUCGAAAUGAUACUUUUUUUCACAAUUUACUAAAUGAGGAAUCAAUCCAAUUUUUUGAUAACGAAAUUAUCAGCAUAACCGAUUUGAAUUCAAACAGACACCUUAAUCUAGAUCACUUCGAGGAGGUUGAAGCUAACAAGCUAGAUCUAGUAGCGUGUAUUGCAGUAGGUAUUAUGAGUGCUACCUUUAUAGCUACCAAUCUUCUUCCUCCUGGUACUACUACGAUAGUCCAAUGAAUAAGGAGAAGGUCGUUAUUUGUCAGUAUUGAGCCUGAUAGCAUAAUUCAGUACCCGUGAUGAUGGGCUCUAGCAAGGAGGAAGGGAAGCAUCCUCUUCAAUAGCUUGAAAUCAACUACAGAGUGUUGAGUAUCAAAUUACGUAUUCUAUUUAUUCAGAAAUCGCACAGGGGAAGCUCCUGAAUUCAUUAGUUGAGUAUGUGAUCUCAUAGUAAGAAGUGAUCACAAACGGUGAUGGAUGCCGAGAGUAUGUUGAUGGGGUGAAUCUGUAGAACAAUACUACAGUAGAGAUUGGGUAGCCCCCUCAACUAUAAAAUAAGCAAAUCCUGAAAGGCGAGUAAAAGCACCUACAGUUGUAUCUGUCUAAGCUAUUAUAAGCUUAGAGAAGGGGGGGAAACCCCCAUCGGGUAGAUGCAACUAUACAAAAUACCCAACACACACAAAAACAAGGGACACACUAUUAUAUCAUGAAAAACACUGUCGAGUCAUUAGAACAGUUGAAUACCACACUUUCUAAUACAGUCAACGAUAUACCAGAAUCAUCUGCAAUGGGUGCCUUAAGCCAUUCGGCUAAUUCGAGUAUUAAUGCAGCUCUUAACAGUACGGAAGAGGUAAAAAGGGGUGAAGAUGUCGCGGGGGAUUCAAUUCAUGCAAAUAUUAGUGAUAUGUUUCAUAUAGGUAACCCAUUCAACCCAUUUCAGUGUUUCAUUGAUAACCACAUGCGUAAAACCAUCUUUGCAAAAAAUCCAUAUGUGCAAUACGCUGUCGAAAGUUCUUAUUACACACCUGCGGUUAAUCGUCUGGUUAAAGGGUUGAGUUUGAAAGAUAUGGAUCCUAUCAUGCGUAUGCACUAUCUUUAUAUGCGCUCGUUGCUCCGUUUAAAAUUGAAAAGAAAGAUUUAUCGUGCAGAUUUCAGUGAAUAUAAGGGGUUGCGGUCUCUCUAUAACAGGGCUACAGAUAAUUUAUAUAGCCACCUACAAAGGGCAUUAGAAAAGUAUGAAAACUUCGGUGUUUCUGCAAAACAUAAAGUAUUGCAAUGUUUAGUACACGUGGUGACAUCACAAUCAGACAACAGUGUUAGGUAUGUCUAUGGGAACAUCUUUGCACUAGUUAGAUUAGGUACUUAUGUAACAGUGUGGUACUGUUAUACUGAGAGCGCACCAGAUUUUCAUAUCUGUAGGACCCGCACUAUCUUGAUAUAGAAUUGAUUAUUGAUUUAUUCAAAGUUCGUAAAUUAUUCGUAUGGAUUCCAUACGAGGAAGUGAUUAGUACAUCAAUCUUAGAAGCUUAUGAUGCGGUUGUGGAAAGGACGGCUUUAACGGAUUGCUUGGAUAGAAAGUUGAGAGAAGAGGAAUUGUCGGAUAAAUUCGAAUUCUGGGGGAAAUGCUCUGAUGGUGAUCAUACCAUAGAUUCUGUAGAGGAGAAUGCCACUAUAGAAUAUGCUAGCAGUAAAGAAGGUAGUGCCUGUAAAGAGGGGGUGGAUAGUAGCUGUAAAGAAGAAGGUGGUGGCUGUGAAGAAGAAGGUAGUGGGAGUGAAGAAGAUAGUGACGAUAGUGACAAUCCUAGAUACCUGGCAUUCGGUGUGGUUGUCCUUGUAGGUGUGUUAUUAUACGUCUGGUAUUGUUCUAGGUAA